AUGUCCAACGGUAGUCAUCAUCAUCACCAACAGCAGCAGCAGUGUUCCUAUCUGGACGACAACUCGAACCAGAUUCAGAUGGGCGGGAAUGGCAGUGACGCUGACUACAGUAGGAAGCUGCAUCAGCAGCAGCAACAACAGCAGCAACAGCAACGAGCAACCUCGUCGCAGCAUCUCCAUCCUUUCUACCACAGCGCGAGUGUCAAUAGUAAUAGCAACAACAGUAAUCAUAGCAGUGUCGGUGGUUAUCCGAGCCAAUCCACGUCGCCGUACAACAACAAUAACAGUAACCAUAGUAAUCAUAGCGGGGGCGGUCAUCACCAUUCGCCGUCGCCCGUUGGAGCAAUGGGUCAUAUGCAUCAGCAACAGCAGCAUCAGCAGCAACAGCAACAUUACUGA